CUAUUAUGACUGUGGUCAGUGGUGGAAAAUUCAACAUUGUAACACCACAUGACUCCUGAGUGCCACCAGAUUUGUCUGUAACCAGUGUCGACUGUCGAUACUCUUUUGUUUAUGUUCAUAUUGUUAUGUUUAUGCCCAGGGAUGUUGUAGCAUAGGGUCGAGGCAAUAUUGGAAUAUGGAAAUGGUUUGAUAUACUGAACGACGUAGACUCUUAAAGAAUUUGCGUCCUCGGUGUCUUUUUCAGAAUGAACUUCGUUGUUGGCGGUAUCAACAGCUUGCGAUCUGUCGCAGCACCACUGUUAUCUGGUGCAGUUAAAACCUGCUCCAGAUCGAUGGCAAGUCUGCAGCAGAUGCACAGGACAGGACCUCACUUUAAAACACGACCACCUCGGCAGCCAUUGGACGGAAAACCAUUUGCAAAGGGUGUUGUGUUGAAGACACUCAUUAAGAAACCAAAGAAACCUAACUCAGCAAACAGAAAGUGUGUCCUUGUACGAUUAUCCACAGGGAAAGAGAUGGUUGCGUAUGUGCCAGGAGAAGGACACAAUCUGCAGGAGCACAAUAUUGUCCUCUGCAGAGUUGGCCGGCUCCAGGAUGUUCCUGGAGUGAAGAUCAAAUGUGUCAGGGGCAAAUACGACCUGUCACAUGUAUUGAAGAAAUAAUUUCUUACUUAUUGCUUUUAGAUUGUGUGUUGAAGUUGACUUGUAUAAUACUUAUUUGCUACCAUACAUCGUGGAACAUGUUUUCUGGGAAAUGUGUUUAUAGACUGUAAAUAGUCUGAGAGAGAAACAAUAACUUCAACUCGGGCACCUUUUUGAAACACAUUUUUGCUGCCAGUGGAGAACUUGUCUAAUAAAUGUCCAUUCUCAUUGUUAA